AAGAGUAACGAAAUUAUCAACAGUUUUAGUUUGUGUUAUUUGUCAAUUAACUAUGACUGUUUUGUAUUUAACAUUAUGAAUCGAGACCCUGAUCCGGAAGUUCGAGUGUACGGAAUGCCACAAGAUGAAAAUAUUAGUCACGCCCUUCGUGUCUAUGCUUUGGCAGUGCUGUUCGCCCUUGUGGCGCAAGUCCAGCGGAUCAUCGUGGGUGUGUUCAUUGAGCGAGAGGGGUUGCAACGAAUGCCGAAAGAUCUAUACGGAUGGUGGCUCAUCUGCACUUUCAUUGGCAUUUCGACGUUGGCCUGGACAGCAACGGGACGCAAGUUUCCGAUAAACAUGAUUUUAAUUGCUACAAUCGUCGAGGGAUCUAGCAUCUACAUCCUCAUGGAUCAGAAACACACGCCGGGCAUUUUGCCAAAUUUCUAUAUCACUGUCAUAGUCGUCGCUUUGGUAGUGGGCUCAUGCUUUUGGGGUGCCUACUUCCCCAUGCGUUUGGUGCCCGGCGACCUGCUGCUCAGUCUGCUGGUGGCGGUGGCCAACAUCAUGAUUAUUGCAUUCUUCGUCAAUUCCUAUUUCAUUCACAACAAGUCCUUCUACACGGUGGUGAGAAAUUACUUUGCUCUGGUCGCUAUAAGCAUGGUGAUGUACACGGCCACAAUCAUACAUGAUCGGCAAUUCGAUGUUCCCAAAAACGAGUAUCUCUUCCUGAGCGUGCUCUUGUUCUUUGCCUACAUGAUACUGCACGAGCGGAUCUUGGCCCUGUCCCUGCAGCACUAUGAUUUGGACUGCGACAUUAUUAUUUGAGCUAAUCAGUAUAUCUUCAUACAUUUCUCAUACAAAAAAAAUUAAAAAAGAACUCUAUACAAACUAUGA